AUGGCCGUGGAUGUUAUGGGUUAUACACUUCAUGGGAUGCCACUUCCUUCUAGCGGCACAGUUGGUUUUGGGAUGAUUAUAAACAUCUUAAACAGCUACUCUGACUUAUACACUGGUUCAGGCAACGAUCUUGGUCUGCACCGUUUGAUAGAAGCAAUGAAACAUAUGUUAGCUGCUCGUAUGGAUCUUGGAGACCCUGAGUCUGUCAACGUUACAAACGCUAUGUUACAAAUGCUCUCGAAGCCUAAUGCGGAAGAGAUUAGGAAGAGGAUCUUGGACAACACUACGUUCCCUCCUGAGUACUAUUUGAGCCGUUGGAGUCAACUUAGAGACCAAGGGACGAGUCAUUUCUGCAUUGUAGAUGGUGAUAGAAACACUGUCUCUAUGACAACGACUGUGAACUACCCUUUUGGUGGUGGAGUUUUGUCUCCUUCCACUGGGGUUUUACUCAACAACGAGAUGGAUGAUUUCUCUGUACCUGAGAUGAUCACUCCUGAUCAUCUCCCUCCUGCACCUACUAACUUCAUUGAACCAAAUAAAAGACCGUUAUCUUCCAUGACACCUCUUGUUAUCACCAAGGAGGGUGAGUUGGUGGCGGUGGUUGGAGGAAGUGGAGGAACGAAUAUAAUUGCGGCGGUGAUUCAAGUUUUCCUUAACUGCUUUGUGUUGAAGAUGAAACCCUUAGAAGCUGUACAGAGUGCAAGAGUUUACCAUAAGUUGAUACCGAAUGUUGUUAGAUAUGAGAACUUUACUGCUAUUAACGGAGAUCACAUAGGAGUUACUAAAGAUAGCAAGGUGUUUCUUGAAGAGAAGGGACAUGAACUGGAGGAGAUGUCAGGUGGAGGAGCUAUUGUUCAACUUAUUGUUCAGAGUUUCAAGGAAGAAGAAGAGAUGGUUACUGACUUUGGAAGGAAACUUGGUAAAGAUUCUAUUAAGAGAUCAAAACCAUUCAAGGGAUUACUCACUGCGUGUAGGAGAAUGUGGGUUAUGGAAAUAUGA